UAUGAAAUUAAUUAUAUAAACCUCACUUUUAUCAAAAAAUGUUAAUUUUUGGCAUGACCCUUUUAUCCUAUUUUAAAUUAUAUUAUUGAAAUAUUAAUGAAAACACUCGUUCGUCCUUCAUAUAGUAAGGAUUUUUUAGACCGCGGGACAUUAAACGGGGGAUAUUUUCACAAUAUUGGAAAUAUUAAUAAUAUCCAACGACACGAUGAUAGAUAUUCGAUUAAGGCUGAAAGCUUAGAUAUGGGCGUUUAUUUACAAGAAGAUACUUUUGUCUCUGAAAUUAAAUAUACUAAAUUAGUUUAUUUCAUCAUUGAUUAUCAAAAACGUAAUAUAAAGGUAGAAUUUGAUGUUCAUGGUAAAUUAUAUUCAUUAGAAAAUGAAUUCAAUAAUAUUGAAGGUGAAAUUUAUGUUGAACAACAAAGACCUUAUUGGUCUAUUACCAUCGCAAACAAAUUUCCGCCAAGGUAUUCAAUACGUGAUGAUAACAAACGUUCUUUUAAACGAAUGACGAGAAUACAAAGUUUAAGAAAAAGUAAUGAACCACUUCAACCACAUAUGUCUGAUAAUAGUGAACAAUUAGGCAAAUGGGUAGUUUUUAGAAUAUCCUUUAACAAUCAAGCUAAUAAUCAAUUUUAUCGUUUUAUAAAUAUGAUUGAUAAAGCUAGAGAUUAUUCAUUAGUAUCUAAAUUUAAUAAACCAUUAAAAAUAGUAGCUGGGUCAACUUUAAACAAAUAUGUGAACCGUUCAAAUUUAGAUUUUGACAUCCUAUAUAUGAUCGAAUGUAACCUUUCUUUUAAUUACAUUCACGAUUAUAAUUUAAAUGAAGAUUUUUUUUCCUUUUUAUCCGUUCAACCAAAAGACGCUGUAAUUUAUGUUUUGGAAAAAAUAUUUGAAGAGAAAAAUCGUA